AUGAGAUAUAAUAGCAUUCUUGUUUUAUUAAUAUUCAAAAGAAUAAUCUAUUCAAGUAAUUUUUAAAAUAUUCUAGCCUAUUGUUGUUAGACUAAUUGUUAAUAGUGCGUAAUUUCUAUUUGUAUUAAAUGUAAUCCAGGUUAUUAUUUAAGUGGUAGUCUUUGUUAUUCAUGCAUUUAAUCGUGCAUUGAUUGUACUUCAUCAACUGUCUGCACAUAAUGCAAUGAUAAUUAUUGGUUAAAUAGUAACUCGUGUAGUCCAUGUACAAAACCAUGUGCAAAUUGUUUAACGAAUGGAAACAUUUGUAAUACUUGUGUUGAUACUAUAAAUUAAACACCUCCUCAUUGUAAUUGUGCGGAUGGAUACAUUAUGAAUACUUCAACAUAUUUAUGCGAUUAAUGUUAACAUCCAUGUGCUACAUGUUAAAUAACAAUAAAUCAUUGUUUAACAUGUAUAGAUAAUAUUAAUUAAACUGUUGAUGCAUUAAAUUAAUGUAAAUGCAAUUCUGGUUUUUUGAUGAAUGGAGUAAAUUGUCAAGCUUGUCUAAAUCCUUGUCUAUAAUGUUUAGGAAGUACAAAUUAUUGUACUGAAUGUAAAGAUGUAGAACAUUAUAUAUCUAAUGGAUAAUGCAUUUGUAAUCGUGGUUAUAUAAAUGAUAAUAACUAUAAUUGUAUUCCUUGUUAAUAUCCUUGUUCCACUUGUUCAAUAAAUGAUACUCAUUGUGAUAGUUGCACAGAUCCUAAUCAUUAAAUUAAUGCAUUUUUUCAAUGCAUAUGUAAGGAAACUUACUAUUCAAAUACUAUUAAUACAUGUGCAAUCUGUAUAUAACCAUGUGCCUAAUGUGACAUUAAUGGAUGUUUAACAUGUAUAGAUUCUAAUUAAUUAAUAAAUUCUUCAUAAAAUUGUAUUUGUAAAUAGGGGUAUUUUUAAGUAGGCUUUAAUUGUUAAUAAUGUGUAAUGCCAUGUUAAACAUGCGAAAUAAAUUAAGAUCAUUGUUUAACAUGCAUUGAUAUUAAUUAGACUCAAAUCAACAAUUUAUGUAUAUGUAAUGAUGGAUAUUUUGAAAUAAAUAAUACUUGUUAAAUAUGUUAAAUUCCAUGCAUGAAAUGCAAAAUAUAAAAUGAUCACUGUCUUGAAUGUUUAGAUCCAAAUCAUGAAUUAAUCAGUAAUAAAUGUGUAUGUAAAUAUGGAUAUGGCACUUCAGGAGUUAAUAAUAUCAAUUGCUCACUCUGUUAAUAUCCUUGUCUUGAUUGCUCAAGUAGUACAAACACUUGUCUCUCUUGUAUUGAUAAUAAUAGAUUCAAACUUGAAAAUAACAAAUGUGUAUGUAAGUAAGGUUAUUUUGAUAUUGGAACUGAUUGUUUAAAAUGUUCAUCAUAGUGUUCUACUUGUUCAGAAUAAUCUAAUAAAUGCUUAUCAUGUUCUGACCCUAAUCAUGUAUUAUAAUUAAAUGAUUGUUAUUGUAAACCAGGUUAUUAUACAGAUAUUUAUAAGAAUUGUUUAUAAUGCUAAUUACCUUGUCUAACUUGUUAUUAAGAUUUUUGCACAUCUUGUUAAGAUGAAUAUAAUCUUGUUGAAGGAUAAUGUAUAUGUAAAGAAGGAUAUUAUUAUAUUGAUUUUCAUUGUGAAUAAUGUAAUUAGAAUUGUAGUAAAUGUAAUUCACAAUUUGAAUGUACCGAGUGUAUAGAUUAAUAUUAUUUAUAAAAUACUUAAUGUUUAAAAUGUCAAAUCCCAUGUUUAUAAUGUGUUGAUAUUUAAACCUGUAAAACAUGUUCUGAUAAUUAUAUUAUUGAUGAUCAAGGGAAAUGUAUAUAAUGCAUCUAAAAUUGUGAAUAUUGUAUUGAUUCAACUAAUUGUGUUAAGUGUUUUGAUGAAUUCUAUUAUCAUGAUUAGACAUGUAUCCCUUGUUCUAAUUAAUGUUAGACAUGUGAAAAAAAUAGUAAAUUUUGUACAUCUUGUAAAGAUUCAAAUUAAAUAUUAAAUAAAAAAACAGGUAUUUGCUAUUAAAUUAAUAAUUAUGGAGAUUAAUAUGAUUAUGAUAAUUUGGAAUAAAUACUAUUACUCCAAGAUAUCAGAUGCAAUUAUAAUUAAUUAUUAAUAAGUUAUGAAUGUAUUAAUUAAUGUGGAAAUGGUAUACUUAAUGAAUAAUAUGAAUAAUGUGAUGAUGGUAAUCAACUUGGAGGAGAUGGAUGCUCAUUCAUUUGUAUUCAAGAGGAUUCAUAUUUGUGCAAACACUAUAUAAAUUCUUCUAGUAUAUGUUCAUUUAUUUAAUCUCCAGAUUUUAGAUUAAAUCUUCUCUCAAAUUAAUAAAAUCAAACUUAACUUAUUGAAUUAAGUUUUACAUAAAAAGUUAAAAUACCAACUGAUUUAAAUUUUGAAGAAAUUGCAAUAAUUUCAAUUAUUCCAUAAACUCGCAUUAAUAUAAAUAUACUUAAUAUAACAAGUCUAUCAACUGAAUUUGAAUAUCCAAUAUAUUAAAUUAUAGUUGAAUUUUUAGAACCUGUAGAAGAUGCUUAUCUAUAGAUAGAAUUUGCUUAAUCACUUAUCAAAAAUGAAUUUGAUUUAGAUUUAAUUAGAUAUUAGAUGUAAUUAAAACUUGGAAAUCCUUUUAUACUUUCAUAAUAAAAUUAACAAAAAUUGACAUAAAUUGUCCUUCUCAACGAUGCAAUUAUGUAUUCAAUGAUUAGUAUAUCUGGAUUAGCAUUUCUUACUGGAAAUGCUAUCAUGUUUUUUAAUUUAAUCGAUCUUUUAUAAUCUUUAUCUUAUAUAAGAUAUAUGUAAUAUGAUUUCCCACCUCAUUUAAUAUAAUUUUUGAACACAUAUUCUAAAAUAUAAUCUAAUUGA